AUGCGCGACCCUAUACCGGCCCCUACGCUCUUCAGAGAGCUCACAGAACCCCUCGCUAAUAAGCUCUCGCUGAGCACGUUGCCAUACCACGCGCACGAGAUUGCACUCGGUUUCUUUGGGUAUCACUUCAUCCUCUACUAUCUCUCGCCCACCUUGUCACGGGUAAUAUGUCCGCAAAGAUACAGUGGCUUCAACAAGCGCACCCGCUUGAACUGGGACAUCCACUGGGUCUCCAUGAUCCAGGCUUUGUUCGUCAAUACUGCGGCGCUGUAUGUAAUCUUCAGUGACCCUCAGCGCAAAGAGAUGGACUGGAAGGGUCGGCUCUGGGGAUAUACACCAGCUAGUGGCAUGGUGCAAGGUUUCGCUGCAGGAUACUUCCUUUGGGAUCUCCAGAUCUCAUCGCAAUACAUUUCACUUUCCGGGGUUAGCGCACUAGUGCAUGCUAUUGGUGCUCUGGCAGUAACAUGCAUUGGCUUUCUUCAGAGACCCUUUGGAAAUUACUACGGCCUCUCUUUCGUUCUCUACGAACUCUCCACGCCCUUCCUCAACAUCCACUGGUUCUGCGACAAGCUGGAUCUCACCGGCUCCAGGAUUCAACUAUACAACGGAAUUGCGCUGCUCGCCACGUUCUUCGGAUGCCGAAUUGUCUGGGGAACGUACCAAUCCGUACUGAUCUAUUCGGACAUCUACACGGCUUUGACGACGUCCCCUUCGGAUCCACUAGCAUCGCCGUUAGAUGAAGGAAAGUGCAUUAGCAACGCAAGUUCCGUUAGUCCUGGCUAUAUCAGCGGUUGUGAGGCUGGAGAACUGCCGCUGUGGCUGGUUAGCAUAUACCUCGUUGGCAACACUGCUUUAAGUUUGUUGAACUUCUACUGGUUCAGCCAGAUGGUGAAGGCCGUGAGAAAGAGGUUUGUGGCGCAACCGGGAAGCGAGGCGAAGGCGAAGGCGAAGGCGAAGAAAGGACAGUAG